AUGCGUCUCCACCUUGUUAUCUCGCGCCAUGGCCUGCCGGUCACGCGCAUUCUCUGGACGACGACUUCGUCUACUUCUGUGUUAGGCGAAUAUGGGACUCAACGCCCGGCAUCAACCGCAGCUGUCGCGUCCUCUCGCACCCCGAACAUCGCCUUCUCGAAUGGCGGGUACACGGUCGCACAACUCCUCGAGGAUGUGAACGAAGUUGUGCCGCUGGAAACUGAACCUAGUAUCUUUGAUACGGAGUUCAGUGGCCAGUGGGGAUUGGAAGAUUAUGUUGUCGAGGUUGCCGGCUCGGAAUGUCUCCAUUUUAUGGAGGUUGACGGCUUGCUCCGUGACGGAGACGAAGUUGUCAUCCGCGCCCUUCAAUUGGCAGACCUACGGACCAGAAGGCUAUGUGGUCGCCACCAAAUUACCGCGGAGGGCAAGCAUCUGAUCGACGGCGUGCCUUUCGGGUCACCGUUCUUGAAAAGAACUACCUCUACACGACCUGCAAUAACUAUUCCCCCAAGAAAGAAGCGGCGCACCGUUUUCUCCGGCUGGGACCACGCUCCAGAAUUGGUGGCUGAGGAAGUCCAUGCUGACGAGGAAGGGGAUGGAGAGUGGCUUCCGCAUCCAAACACCGGGUUCGGAAAGGAGCUCUCUGUCAUGCCCGCCGAGCACGAAGAGUCCCUAGGCACGGUUAUUCGUCACCCUGUUGACCAUGCCACGGAAUCUGACAGUGAAGUGGAUAUGUCUGAGAUGCCUGAGGUUGAGGAAGAUGAACUGGAGAGCGAACUCCAAGCACUCAAAGAGGACUUCGACGAAGCUUCUCAAUUUAUUGAUAUCAGGAACCAGACUCGGAAUGCCAGUGGGCACCCACUACGUGCUACCUCGAUAGUCAAGCGACCAACUUCCAAGGGGUCACUUGCAGCUGCCUCAUCUCUUUCCAGCAAGCGGUCUCGUGCGGAAGACCCAUCUCCUAGAGCCUCCAAGGCUGUGAGAUUCAACAAGGGAGAUAAGCAGGAGGAUAAGGAAAUGCCUGAUCUCCCACAACUUCCGCAGGCCGUACACGUACAGAUCGAGGAAAGUGCUGCUGCAACCUCUGAUUCUGGUUCAUCCGAGUCAUCCAUGUCUUCUUCGGGCAGCGAUUCUGACGAUGAUUCUGAUGAUGAUUCCGAUAAUGAUUCCGAUGAUGAUUCUGAUGAUGUUGAUUCUUCGAGCGAGGUCGAGCCUGCGGCAGAGGCACCUUCUGAUUCUCAUUCAUCCUCAAGCUCCGAUGAUUCUGAUUCAUCAGACUCAGAUUCCGAAGAGGAAGCCGCCCCUUCUAUCCCGGUUUCUGUGGGCGCUCCUGGUGGAGGGUCACUACGCACUAAAAAAAACAACCAGCGCAUCAAACUACGCCGCCGUCUAUCCAAGCUCAAGGAGCUAGGUGCUCUUCCUGAAAAAGCAGGUUUCGAUGCAUUGCGAGCUUGGGAAGACAGCCACGGAGGCUGGCAUACUCCGGAACAAUAUCUUAACCCGGAGCCAUUCGUGCAACCCCCAAAACCUGUGGAACCGGAACUAGAACCAGAACCAGAACCUGCCGAAUCUUCGAAAAAGAAGCAAAAAAGAGAGAAGAAAGACCAGGAGCAAAAAGAGUUCGAAGCCAGGCGCCAAAAAUUGCUUAACGAUCUUGCAUUGGGUAAUGGUGUCGAUGUGAGCGAAAUAUCGGAAAAGGAAAAUGUCCCACCGGCUGCGUCUGCCGUUGGAGACACCCCUGUUUCAGAAGAAAUCUCCGGUAAGGAAGAGCCGGAGCAGGAACCUUCGAACCGACGUACACUGGACAUAGCUAGCUCACGACGCAUGCUGUUCGGAUCUCUUGGAAUGCGAACCCCGAAGACCAAGGAAGACGAAGAAGAAACACGGAGAAAGCUUGCUGCCAAAGCUAGUGCAUGCGGUCCCCGAAACAAACCCUCUAAGCAAGACAUCGGAGAAGAGGCCGACCAGAUGCAAGAGGAGGAAGAUGCAUCCGACAUUGAUUGGCAAAACAAGCUUGUCAUUCGUGCUGUCGAGUGUCUCUAUCCCCAGGUUGAUAUGACCGCGCCUCCUUAUCCAUUUGUUCAACGUUGGGAUAAAGAAGCCAAUGCCUUGAUUCGUGAGCUCAAAGGGCCCAGUAAGAAGCGGAAGAGAAAGCAGCGUGUUCAAGUCUAUGAGGGACAUGAGCAAGAAGAAUACGAUGAAAACGGGUAUUAUUACGGCCAUGAUGACAAAUAUCAAGCUAAUGACCAACCGAAUAACGGUUAUUACGAAGGUGAAGCCGAUUCCCAUUAUGAGGGCCAAUGGGAAGGCGAAGCUGCUCCUUACUAUGAAGGCCAUUAUGCAGGCGAAGCUGAAGGAGAUCAGAUCGAUUAUGACGAUGCUCCUGAGCCUGGACAAGCACCCAACCCCACUUUGGAUGACCUACCUGCGAUUCCUGCCGACAUGAGUUCUGUUCCUGGUUUGACAGAAAGUGAAGCAAAGGUCGGCGCAAUCAUUGCAUUCCGGCAGCUAGACAUGUCCAAAGCCACGAACUGGCAACCUCAAAUGUCUGAGUACCGAGUAGCCGAGGUACGCUCUAUUAAAGACCAUGGGGUGAUUAAUGUACUACUGGCCAAGCGGGACCGAAAGCCCCACUCAGCAUCCAGCGAGUAUGACGAGCCCCGUCGAUUCAGCAAAUUUGAAGUACCAGACUUAGCCAACGAUGAGGGAGAGGAUGAUGGCUAUCGCGAGCUUGCCUUUGCGGAACUCAGCGAUCCGAAGCUUAUCCAACCCGCAGCGCAGUCAGGUGCGGAAUUUGAAGGCCAGAACAGAGAAGGUAGCAUUGUCUCUGUAGUUCAUGAAUCCGUACUGAACGCCCAGCCAACCCUUUCCGAGGAAAUGUAUAUUGACGACACAACCAUUGUCACCAUCGGAAAUGAAGUCAGCCAUAUUGAGUCGCCUCGUGAAUCCCCGGGAAUGCCCGAUGAACCUAUCCAACAAACCCCAGGCAGAGACCUGCCGCAGAUUCAAGUCCAGAGUGGAUCGAUUCAGCGCAGUGUCACUCCUCCCAUCCCUUCACCUUCUUUUACUGGAUUUCACUCUGCUCGAUCCUGGCAGCAGAUGACCCCUGGUGUAGAGUUCAGCCGGGAGCUUGAAGGCCAUACUCUCAUCGGAGGAGACACGCCAUCUGCUCUAGUCAAUCGGGACGAAGAUCCUUCCGCCUUGUCAUACGCUUCUGCAAAUCAAUCCUUCGCGGAUGAAACCGAGGACCAGGAAAUGUCGGAGCAUCAAGAGCAUGAGCGCCAGAUUGUCAGUGAAAAUAUUUUACCGCCUGGCGAUUCGGGGGACAGCGGUCCUCAGUCUGGCUCACUUCUGUCUACCAUUGACCGUAGCGGUGGUAAUGGUGGUCAGGGUGGUAAUAGUAGUGAUGAUGAUGCGUCGGAUUCCGAUUCUCUGUUUGUGAAAAGCGAUACGAAGAGAGAAAAACAUAGUGUGGCUCCCACCAGCUCUUCUGAAUCAUGGAAAGAUCUUUUGAACAGAUUAAGGAAUGGUCCACCAGACCCAGACAGCAACAACAGCAGCAACAGCGAAGCCAACAGCGAAGCCAACAGCGAAGCCAACAGCGAAGCCAACAGCGAAGCCAACAGCGAAGCCAACAGCGAAGCCAACAGCGAAGCCAACAGCGAAGCCAACAACAGCGAAGCCAACAACAGCGAAGCCAACAACAGCGAAGCCAACAACAGCGAAGCCAACAACAGCGAAGCCAACAAUAGCGAAGACAACAACAGCGAAGUUAGCGAAGGCAAUCAAAGUCCCGAGCGGCUGGAAGAUAGUCUGCAGCACUCCUACCUGGAUCUCAAUUUCUCAUCGCUCGAUUUCCCACGGCCAUCCAACUCACACUCUCCCAACCCGCCAACGAGUGCCCAACCGGACGCGCAGUCUCAAAAACAAACCUCAAUCCUUUCGCCAUUUGAGACGAAGCCCGCCGCAACUACUCGCUCCAUACUCUCCCAGCGGGUGCAUGAACCCGAAUCCGCCUCCCAAAUUCUCUCCUCCCAGGCAUCCGAAGUGAUUGACCUCACUUCCAGCCCACGUGAAUCACCCAAACCCAGCAGCUCCGAUCCGAACCCAUCCCAGCGCUCCAAAUCUGCAGUGUAUGGGAAAUCACAACGUAGCAAGGACAUCCCUCGCUCAUCUGGACGUCCACCCCGAGCUUCUACGGGGAGACUCCAACACAUGGUGGAAGUGAGUAUUAGUCCUUCCAGCCAGAAGAAGAAGCGCUCGGCACGAAAGUUCUGA